GGGAGACAGAAGGAGGGAGAGAAAAGAGAAGAGGCAGAAAUAACAGCAUCUGAAACUCUGCCUGCUGGAGGCUAAUUGGUUCCGGCACAGCCUGGUUUGUUUGGCAAUGUUUCCUCUAAUCCUUCAGGCUCCGCGCUCCCGGCCCCAGGGACAUGGGGACAUCUCGACACCCGGCCAGCGCCACUGCGGCACUCCCAGCUUGGACCCCCUCCCACUCGGGGACGCAGAAGAAUGAUGCUGCGACCGGCUCUGCCCACCCUGGGGUGCCCCCGGAUCCUUCAGGCUCUGCACUCCCAGCCCCACGGACACGGAGACAGCUCAACACGCAGCUGUGCCUCUGUGGCACUACUGCCUUGGAUCCCUCUCCCACCCUGGCAUGCUGAGGGCUGAUGCUGGGACCACCCUGAAGUCCUCCUGGGGCUCCACCCUGCCGUGGUGACAUCCUGGGGAUGGGAUCCGUGGUGACACCCUGGGGACGGGAUCCGUGGUGACACCCUGGGGACGGGAUCCGUGGUGACACCCUGGGGAUGGGGCCGCCUUCUGCUGGGCACGGGGAGGAUGCUCAGAGGGCUGGGCAGGCGAUGGCUGGGGCGGCGGAGGGAAGGGACGGGAAAGGAGGGGAAGGGAAGGGGGGCCCCCACGGCCCAGCAUGGCCGAGCCAGAGCACUAGCCAAGAGUCGGCAGCUUUGUUCCAGGUGCCGGCUCCCUUUUUUUCAUUAGGCUAAUGGGAUGCGGAUGCAUUAUUCCAUUCCACAUGCUGCUAAUGAACCACUCAGGCCAGUGCAUUUGCAUUAAUGUGCAAAGCACUGGAGGAGGGUGGAGUGGCUGCAUCUGGCCAAGGCUGACCUUCCCUGCACCGCCCAGCCUCCCCAAGCCGCGCUGCGCUCCCACCACUCUCGCACCACCCCACCGGACCCAGGAACUCCUCGGGACGGCUCCGACGCACAUUCCAGGACACCAUUAACCAGCCCUGAGCCGCCUCACACUUGCUGCCUACAUUGUCCUCUUGCCCGUGCUGUGCCUGGCCAGCUCUAACACCCCUUCCCAUAUGGAUCGUGGAUGACGCCCCCCUGCCAGUGCCCCACUCUGUACCCUGUCCCCAAUGCUAAAGUGACCACAGCAUUCCUCCUGCACUCUCCACUGCUCCCCAAAAAGCGAUCACUCCCACCUCCUGCACAGAAACCUGCGGCGUGUCCCUCCUCCCCGGUUACUCGUACUGCCUCACCCCAGAGCUCCCCUCCUGCACCCAAGGAGAGCAGGGGGUGCUCUCCCAAGCCCCCCACCCCAGGGCUGGCAGGCAGCGCCGGGCGCGGGCGUCACUGCAGCCCUCGGGUUGUUUCUUACGGCUCCCAACUGCCUCUGUCCCCGGAGAGGUUUCGAAGGCGAGUGACCCACGAACUGGAAUGCGCAAAGCCUCCAGCAAACAGAGCCAGCUGCCUGCGCCCGCGCGGGGGGGGCUGUGAGGGGAGAGCAGCCGGCCCCGCGCCUCGGCACAGCACGCCUGUUCGGCAGCGCUUGGGCCCCCAGAGCUGUGCUGGGAUCGUGCUUUGCCCUGUGCCCGUCUGCAAGACAUCAGUCCCUGGGCGGCCGAAGGACCUUUAGGACAUGGGACAACAGAGUGGCAGUGGCAGACCCCCAGCCUUGGUCUUUGCCACCUCCCAGACACUGGAGCGAUCCCAGCUGGGAUCAGUGUGGAUGAGCAGUGCUCUGCUUGCCCUGGGUGGGCACGGCAGGGCCGCAGCAGCUCCGUGCCCGCCAAGUGUGCGAAGCCCCCGCACUCGAGCGCGUGCACGCGGGUGUCUGGGUUUGUCACAGCCCGGUGAGCAAGUUAAUCUCAGGCUCCCUGACACGUGGAAUAAAAUCGCGAUCCCAUAAUGGAAUUCAUUCAUCUUCCUGUCCAGGCAAAGAACAAGCCCCCACUGCCCGCUGGGGCUGGGGCUGCGCCAGGCCAAAGUGGUCAUCAGUGCUCAGCUCCCAGCUGGGGGUCCCUGCCUGCACCCACCCUCCUUCCUGCCACGGGACCGG